CAAAACCAUGCCUUUCCAAUUUCCAACUUUCAUCUGGGUCUCAAUUCACAGGCGCAAAAACCCUCCCCAACAACUGUGCACUUUUCUCUCACACGCUCCAUAUCGCGCCAUCGGUCGGACAAGCCUUCCUUAAGCUGAUCUUGAUCUCGAUUUCCCAUUUUUCCCGAUCUUUUAGGUAGGAUAUCGCCAUGGCCGCCUCUGAAGAGAAUAGUGUUUUGUUCCCAAUUUUCAUUUUGACAAUAAUGGCACUGCCUCUAGUGCCUUACACAAUAAUGAAAUUAUGCCACGCUGCCUCUAAGAAAAGUAAGAGCAUCAACUGCAGGUGCUCUGAAUGCUUCCGGUCGGGGAAGUACCGCAAAUCAAUAUUUAAGCGGAUUUCAAACUUCUCCACAUGUAGUAACUUGACAUUAAUUCUUCUUUGGAUCAUCAUGAUAUUCCUGGUGUAUUACAUAAAAAAUAUGAGUCGUGAGAUUCAAGUUUUUGAUCCUUACUCUAUACUUGAAUUGGAACCUGGAGCUUCAGAGUCAGAAAUUAAAAAGCGUUACAGGAGACUCUCAAUUCUAUACCAUCCUGAUAAAAAUCCAGAUCCAGAGGCCCACAAAUAUUUUGUGGAGUCAAUAACAAAAGCUUAUCAGGCUCUAACAGAUCCAAUAUCCCGUGAGAAUUACGAAAAAUAUGGCCAUCCAGAUGGUAGACAGGGGUUUCAAAUGGGCAUAGCACUUCCUCAGUUUCUGCUAGACAUAGAUGGGGCAUCUGGUGGAAUACUUUUACUUUGGAUAGUUGGUGUUUGUAUUCUAUUGCCUUUGGUGGUUGCAGUGAUAUAUCUUUCAAGGUCAUCAAAAUAUACCGGAAAUUAUGUCAUGCAUCAAACUCUGUCUGCAUACUAUUACUUAAUGAAACCUUCUUUGGCCCCAAGCAAAGUUAUGGAAGUCUUUACUAAGGCUGCUGAAUAUAUGGAAAUUCCAGUUCGUAGGACUGACGAUGAACCUCUUCAGAAGCUAUUUGUGUCAGUUAGAAGUGAGUUGAAUCUGGACCUCAAGAACAUGAAGCAAGAACAGGCUAAGUUUUGGAAGCAGCAUCCUGCAGUAGUUAAGACAGAGUUGUUAAUUCAAGCUCAGUUAACUCGUGAAUCAGCAGCCUUGUCACCUGCUUUGCUUGGUGAUUUCAGACGUGUGCUAGAACUUGCACCUCGCCUUCUUGAAGAAUUAAUGAAGAUGGCAGUCAUACCUCGCACUGCACAGGGCCAUGGAUGGCUGCGACCUGCAAUUGGGGUUGUUGAGCUCUCUCAAUGUAUUAUUCAGGCUGUUCCUCUUAGUGCAAGGAAAACUACAGGAGGAUCCACAGAAGGGAUUGCACCCUUUCUGCAGCUGCCACAUUUCAGUGAGUCUGUCAUCAAGAAGAUAGCACGCAAGAAGGUGAGAACUUUUCAGGAUUUUUGUGAUAUGGCUCUGCAGGAUCGUGCUGACCUGCUAGAGCAAGUUGCUGGAUUUUCCUCAUCUGAAGUGCAAGAUAUUGAGAUGGUACUGGAAAUGAUGCCUUCUGUAACCAUUGAAGUUAGAUGUGAGACUGAAGGUGAAGAAGGUAUACAGGAUGGUGACAUUGUCACUGUUCAAGCAUGGAUAACCCUCAAACGUGCUAAUGGCCUGGUUGGUGCACUCCCCCACACGCCUUACUUCCCAUUUCACAAGGAAGAGAAUUUCUGGUUUCUGCUUGCAGAUCCCAUCUCAAAUAAUGUGUGGUUUUCCCAGAAGGUAAAUUUCAUGGAUGAAGCUGCAGCUAUAACUGCUGCUUCUAAGGCAAUUGAGGAGACUAUGGAGGGGUCUGGAGCAAGUGUUAAGGAGACAAGUACAGCGGUCAGAAAAGCAGUUGAGAAGGUGCGAGAUGGCUCCAGACUGGUGAUGGGCAAGUUUCCAGCACCGUCUGAGGGGAACUACAAUUUGACUUGUUACUGCUUGUGUGACUCUUGGAUAGGUUGUGACAAAAGGACUAACUUGAAGGUUAAAAUUCUGAAACGAACAAGGGCUGGCGCUCGGGGUGGUUCCAUCUCUGAAGAGGGAGCCAUUGCAGAGGAUGGGCUUGAAGAGGAAGAGGAGAAUGAAGAAGAGGAAUAUGAUGAUUAUGAAAGCGAGUAUAGUGAAGACGAGGAAGAUGAAAAAGAUACAAAAAAGAAGGGCCCUGCUGCAAAUGGCACUGUGCAUAAAAUAGGAUCAAGCUCAGAAGGUUCAGGCACAGAUGAGGAAUGAAACACCAUUUUAUUUAUCCAUGGAAAAGAAUAAGAUUUUAAUUUAUUCGGUGGAUGAACUUUAACGACCAUCUCAGUGACAGUCAUUCACGUCUCCUCCCUGUUUGGGCAAAAGCUUUAUUAUUUUUGAUACCGUUGACUGGGUUCUCGACUAAUUUUGGCCCUCUUAGUAUUUUCAGUCCGGAUUUUUACCGCACUAAUUUGUUCUUAA